AUGGCGCCGCGCGGGUCCGUCGUCGCGUUUCAGAAGCGAUUCAAGGAGUCGUCUCAGCAGAUGCUGGAGCUCUUCUCAGAAGCAGCUCCUGAAACUUCCAGGAAGGUGACCAGGGAUGACGUGGCCAAAGCAGCAGAGAGCCUCGUGAAGCAAGCUGUCAAAGUGGCAAUCUUCUGGGCAGCUGCCACUCCCCCAAAGGCAGCAGAAGCCGCCCCGCUCCUCUCGGAUUUCCACGACUCCUUUGUGGCCUCCAUGCUGCUGCUGCACGCCUGCAGUGCUGGCGCUGCUGCCACGUGGCAUGCUGCCAUUCGCUCGGCUGCUGAAGGCGUGGUGUCAGCCGCUACUGCUCUGCUGGACACUGCUUUGACCACGUCAAAUGCCACUCAGCGAGCUCAACUGCUCCCCAGGCAGGUGGGCGUGUUACAGUCAGCAUACGCAGCACUGAAGAAGCUUCCAGUGAGCAACGAGGCGGCUGUGGGUCGGGCGCUGGUGACCGUUGCUGCGUCAAUGAAAGACGUUGCCAGGGAGGUGGGAGAGAUGGUUGGAAGAGAAGGGGUUGAGAACGGUGCUGUGGGAGAGGAGAAAAGCGAGGAGAAAGGGGGUGUGGAAGAGGAGGGAAGAGCUGUGGAAGGCGGAGGGGUUCCAGAAAGACCCGGGGAAAAGGACAGUAAAGAGGAGGAGAAUUUGUCCAGUAAUGACAAGGGGGAGGAGGAGGACGGUGAUGGUGGUGAUGGUGGUGAUGGUGAUGAUGAUGAUGAGGAUGAAGAGGAGGUGAGCCUGGGAGAGGAGGAGAGGGAGUUGGCACAGAGUGGUUUGCUAGUGUGUGUGGCAGCAGAAGGAGUGAUUCGGUGUUUGAUUUACCUUGUGGCAUCAUGGCAGCAGCACCAGGACUCAUGGGGACAGCAGCAGCAGCAGCAGCAGCAAGACGAUUUACAGUCACAGGGAGUUGUGGGAAAACAGCAGCAAGAGCAGAUGCAGAAGACUGGUGCAGCAAAGCUUGCAACUGGCAGUGGCACAAGUAGCAGCGCUGCCAGUAGCUCGGCUAGCAACAGCAGCAACAGAAACAACAGCAGCAAUAGCAGCAGCAGCGGCGGCAGCAAUAGCAGCAGCAGCAGUAUCUUGGAGUUGGUUCUCCGUGUGUGCAUGGGAGCAAGUGAAGACGUGGACGAGAUUGGUGCGUCUUUCUUCCCGCCCCAAGAGCCUGGCACCAUCCGCAUGCGAGCACAGCAGCUGCUAGGUCGAGCUAAAGAACUGAAAUCACUGCUGCCGCUGACAUCAGCAGCAGAAUCAUCGGGGAAAAACGAAGCAGCGGAUUCAGGGUGUGCCAGUGUUGCUCCCACUGAUGCUGCUGGUGAAGGGAAUGGAGGAGAGGCUGGGAAAAAGGGUGUGGGGAAAGGGGGGAUGAGCGUGAGUAAGUUGCAUGAGGUGAUUGGGGAGAUGGAGAGGGAUAUAGAUACAUUGUUGCAAGUGGUGGGAGAGGAGAGUAGUGAGAGGGAGGUGGUGAAGGAAGAGGGAGCACAGGGGAUAAGGGAAGGGGAGAAGGAUGAGAAGGACGCGAGGGAAUCCCGAAAAGCCUCCAGAACUCAACCUUCUAGGCUCGUUUCUGCUCGAACCCGAACGAGUGUUCUGCAGGUUCAAUUCAGACCCAAGAUUCGUGUAUGGAAUGCCAGAUGCUGCAACCGUGCAUUAGAGGGUUACGACAUUGAUGUGAACGGAAGUUGUUAUUGA